AUGGCGUCAGCAAAUUUUUUAACUGUAAAAACACAUCUAUCAGAAUUUAAGAGUAGCUCUGACAAAGACACAAUAAGCGAGGCAUCCGAAAGUGGAACUAGUAAUUCUGUAACUUCAGCCGAAGACUUACAGAAGUUAGCAGUAAUACUUGGAUUAAAUAGUGCUGAGGAUGUAUAUCAAGAAAGGUUUCGUGUGGAUAGGCGCCGUUUGGAAGCGAUGCUGGCUGAUAAUUUGGAAGAAUCACAAACUGCUCAAGCAUUUUUUCACAGGGUCAUGAAUGAAACAAAUACUUUAAUAAACUGGCCCGCACGGCUUAAAAUAGGAGCUCGAUCGAAAAAAGAUCCUCAUGUGCGUAUUGCUGGUCGUCCGGAUGAUGUCAAGCUGGCGCGAGAAAAAAUUAUGCAGUUACUGGAUACAAGAGGUGGUUUAACAAUUAAACGCGUAAUGGAAGAAACGGGAUGCCACAUCCAUUUCCCGGACUCGAACAGAACAAGCACGCAGGAGAAGAGUAACCAAGUGUCCAUCGCAGGCGAUAUGGAACGUGUGGAGCGAGCGCGGGCUAGAGUGCGGGCCCUAACUCCGCUGGUGUUUUGCUUCGAGCUGCCCAUUGUAGCUCCUUCUCAGCCAUUGCCAGAUAUCAACUCUCCCUACGUCCAACAAAUACAAGAGCAGUACAAUGUUCAGGUGAUGCUCCGCAACCGGCCCAAGCUGCACGCCAACCUGCUGGUGGUGAAGGGCGUGCAGUGGGAGGUGCACGCCACCAUGGAGGCCACCACGCUGCUCAUGAACUACAUGUGUGGCCCGCUCGCGAGUCAAACCCAAGUGCAGAUGAGCCUGGAGAUCUCCCCCAUGCACCACCCGGUGGUGGUGGGGCGCAGCGCCGAGCAGCUGAAGGUCAUCAUGAAGGGCACGGGCACACAGAUCAUGUUCCCGGACGCGGACGACCCCAACAUCCCGGCGCUCAGGAAGAGCUGCGUCACCAUCACGGGGCAGAUCAAAGACGUGUACGCGGCGAGGCAGCAGCUAGUGCACAGAGCAACUGAAGGUGAUCAUGAUCCCAAAAUAUCAGCGUUGGGAAAAAGCUGUUUGACUGUUAUGGGGCAGAUCAAGGAUGUGUGUGCGGCGAGGCAACAGCUAGUGGGCAGCCUCCCCCUGGUGGUGAUCUUCGACGUGGCGGAGGAGCAGUGCCGCGUGGAGGGCGACGCGGCCGCGCGCCUCAUGGACAAGCACCGCGUGUACAUCAGCGUGCGCCGCAAGCCCAAGCAGGGCAUUGCCUCGGUGGUCAUAAAGGGCAUCGAGAGAUGUGCCGGUGACAUCUACGAAGCGAGACGCGAACUCCUCGGUAACAAGGAAGCAUCGAUCACAGCGGAGAUCCCUGAAUCCUACAACAUCCCCACCAUAACCAACACCAUGCCCAACUUCACCCCAUUCAACCCGUUCUCCCCGCACUCCCCCUACAUGUACAACCCGCCGACGCCCGGCGGCUACACGCCGCUGUCCCCCGUGAUGACGUCGCCGGUGUUCCCGAGCUGGAUGGUGCCAUCUCCUCAGCCGAGAGCUGCACAGUUCCAUUUCCCCACCAUGUCCAAUGGACCGGUGGUCUUCAAGAAUCAAGGGUCUUGGAACCCACUAUCAGGCAUGCAAGAAGGAGGAGGAAACAUGCCGUGUCUACAGCUGCCACCGGAGCAUAGACAUAUAACACAGUUGCUGAACUCGAGCUCGCAGGCGAGCAGCGGCUACCAGAGCAACUUCACCGGCAGUUCGGUUUCUCUCGACACACAGAAUAUAUCUGCAGGUGAAGGCAGUAACGUAGUAUCUCCAUCAGUGUCGCCUAUAAGCAAGACGCACAGCCCCACUCCGUCUUCUGAGAAUGAUCGCACGCAACACGAAUUAGCGAACAUAAUCUCGGAGUUGCCAAUAUCCGACCGCCGCGCCGUCGGCUGUGAGAAGAAAACUCUGGAAACACUGACCAGAAUGUCGCCUUCACCGCUUUCUGAAUACAGGAAAAUGCAGUCUGAAGCCAAUAAGGCUAUGCGAGAAAACGUCACUUCAGGGUACAGAGUGCCCACCACCCGCUGGUCGGGGUACUACUUCAGCCAUACCUCCCCCACUCCCCUCAAACUGAACGACAACGAUGUAAUGACUACGCCAGAGAAAGGUUGGAACAGAUCGGAGCUAGUGCGUCCCAACAUAGUGGAGCCGACGCCCUCACCGCCCACAGCCAAGCCGUGUCGCUACCAACAGCUGUACGAUUUGUUGCGGGACAUUGGUCUACAUAAGUAUAUAGAUCUAUUCAAAAAGCACGAGUUGGACAUGUCGACAUUCGCGUCGCUGAACGAGGCGGACCUCACUGAGAUAGGGGUGACUGCUUUCGGAGCUCGCAGGAAGAUGUUGCUGGUUAUUGCAGAGCUACAAAAACAAGCGAGCUCGUACAAAGGAUCUGGAACUCCGAACGAGAGGAAGAUCAUCAAAUCACCCCCUCAGUACAACACUGCGCUGGCGCAAGACAAGUGG